CAGAUAAGUCGUCGACCGUGUUUACGACUAUGUCCGACGAUGUCGAGAGCUGAGGAACUGCUAAACGGAUUUAAACUGAACUGGAUGACGCUGCGAGAUGGCGAAACUGGCAAGGUUUUGUGGCAGGGCCAUGACGAUUUGUCUGUUCCUGGAAGCGAGCAUGAAGCCAGAGUUCCAAAAAGAAUUCUUCAGUGCCGAUCCGUGUCGCGAGAGAUAAAUUUCAGCUCGGAAGAGCAAAUGGAAAAAUUCAGACUGGAACAACUUAUUUACCUGAGGAAUCAGGUGAUUGAAAGCUGGUACUUCGAAUUCGGAUUCGUUAUUCCGAAUUCGACGAACACGUGGCAAAGCCUCAUCGAAAUGCUACCAGCAGAUCUGCUUAGCGGCAACGUUGUGAUCGAGACCAAGUUUUACGACGCAGACCUUUUGGUCAGUACCUCGAAGGUGCGUGUCUACUACGUUUAA